GUUUGAAAUGAAUCUGGAGGGUGGGAAGGAGCUUGUCAGAUGGAGCCUUGUCAGGAGGAAAGUGCAGCCUGAGGAAAGGUGCAGAGGCAGUGUGGUACCAGAAAUGUGCUCAAAGGGCAUCUUUGAGGAUAAGGCCAGAGGGAAGGUUUAGGUAUGCAGGGCCUGGGCCUGGGGCUGGUGCCCCUUCCAGAGGCCACAGGAACCACUGGUGGAGGGAAGAGGCCUGAUGACAAAGAAAGGAAAUGAGGACAGAGGAGGGAAGAAGCAAACCAAGACUGGAGGAAGGAGAACAUUCUGGAGAUGCGAGCUGGAGGCAGGAAGAAAGGGGAGGAGCUGCCCCUUCAUGUGGGCAGUGGAGUUUCUUAGAGACGAGCCGCCCAGAGAAGCUUGUCCUGGCCUGAAGGUGCAGCCGGCAGACCUCAGGGAGGAGCCUGCAGCCCCCACCACCUCGGGGAGGAGAGAGACAGGCCAGGAGUGGGGCCGAGGAGAAGAGGAAGAAGGGCCCGUGGAUGGUCAAGCUGGCCACUGCACCCUUUCAAAGGUGAACACAGUAAAAUUUAUGACAGGUGUACUAUCAGACAACAGAGGAGAAUAAAAGCAGGAGGAAGUGUGGCAGCCUCCACCUGUGCAAACCAUUCAUCCAAGGCUGGGACACCUGGACGAUUCUGGCAUGGGGCUGCAGCCACGCAUCUUCCUCCUGGGGCUGCUGUUGCUUCUGGGGCAAGGGCUCACCCAGGCCACUACCUCUCCUGGCGAGAACACACUGGAAAAGCAACUAUCACCAGAGGCCCUGAAAAACUUUGCAUUCUCAUGCAACCCAAAGAAGUCAGGAUCCAGUGUGCCUCCGAAGUCAGUCCACUCUGUGAGACCUUCUGAUAUAAAAUUUGUGGCAGCCCUGGGCUACGUGGAACCUCCUCCAGACUCUGGGACCGUUGACCUGGAGAAGCAAAAAUGGACGGACAGAAGGCCACAGCAGGCAUGCAUGGAAGUGGUGACAGUCCUUUCAGACAUCAUCAGAUAUUUCAACCCUUCUGUUCUGAGGCCUUUGUGCGCCCCUGGGAAGACAGUGGUGGCCCACACUGGUGCUCAAGACUUACGGGUAGAGGCGGAAGGACUGGUGCGGAGCAUGAGGGAGAACCAGCAACUUGACUUUCAAAAUGACUGGAAGCUCAUCAAUGUGUUUUUCAGUAACACAAGCCAGGGUCACCUCUGUCCCUUCGCCCAACAGCACAGGCACGCGGCGGGAGGUCUGCUCAAGCUAGCUGGAGUGCUGGACUACCUGCACCAGGAGGUCCCCAAAGCGUUUGUGAACCUGGUGGAUCUCUCUGAGGCUCUGGUGGUUUCUCACUGGCACCAAGGGACUCAGCUCAGCCUCGCAGAAGAGCCCUGCAGAUACUCAGGGGAGACCUUGAAGCUUUCCGAGGUUGUGACACAGUGGUCCUAUCAGGAGAGCUGGGACCGUCUCCUGGCCUCCAGCAAGUACAACAAGGAGGAGUCCUUCGCAGUGGUUUUCCAGCCUUUCUUCUACCAGACCCUACCCUCGGGGGAACAACCACUCCAGGAUCCCAGCACACUCGCCUUGAAUCUCUGGAGCAGCAUGAUGGAGCCAGCAGGACAGAAAGAUGAGCCAUUCAGUGCAUGAGACGGAAGUCCGGUGAAAUGUCCCUCUCAGGAGAAUCCCUUUCUGUUCACCUACAAGAACAGCAACUACCUGCCCAGGCUGCUAAAAUCUCCUGAGGAGCUUGAGGUGACAGAUGCAAUGGAAAUCAGGUGCCCUGACAUGGACCCCUCCAACACGAUUCCCACUUCAGUUCACAGGCUGAAGCUGGCUGACAUCAAGGUAAUCGCAGCCCUGGGGGACUCUCUCACGGCAGGUAAUGGGGCUGGAUCAAAGCCUGGGGACAUCUUGGAUGUCUUGACUCAGUAUCGAGGCCUGUCCUGGAGUGUCGGCGGCGAUCACAACCUCAGCAGCGUCACCACCCUCUCAAACAUCUUCCGCGAAUUCAACCCUAACCUGAGGGGCUUCUCUAUUGGUACCGGGAAAGAAAACAGUGCUGGAGCGUUCCUAAAUCAGGCUGUGGCAGGAGCCCGAGCUGAGAAUUUACCUGUUCAGGCCAGGAGGCUGGUGGACCUGAUGAAGAAUGACACGAAGAUAAAUUUUCAGGAAGAUUGGAAGAUAAUAACCCUGUUUAUAGGAGGCAACGAUCUCUGUGAAUUCUGCAGUGACCUGGUCCACUAUUCUCCCCAGAACUUCACGGACAACAUCAGGAAGGCUCUGGAUAUCCUCCAUGCUGAGGUUCCUCGGGCAUUUGUGAACCUGGUAAAUGUUCUGGAGAUCAUCAACCUGAGGGAGCUGUAUCAGGAGAAGAAAGUCAGCUGCCCAAGGCUGAUCCUUAGGAAUCUGUGCUCCUGUGUCCUGAAGUUUGAUGAUAACUCACCAGAACUUGAAUCCCUCAUCGAAGUCAAUAAGAAAUACCAGGAGGGGACUCACCAGCUGGUUGAAAAUGGGCGAUACGACACAAGGGAGGACUUCACGGUGGUCGUGCAGCCAUUUUUUGAAAAAGUGGACAUGCCAAAGACCUCGGCGGGGCUGCCCGACAGCUCUUUCUUCGCUCCUGACUGUUUCCACUUCAGCAGGAAAGCUCACGCUCACGCGGCCAGUGCCCUCUGGAACAACAUGCUGGAACCUGUUGGCCAGAAGACAACGCAGCAUAAUUUUGAACACAAGAUCAAUAUCACAUGUCCGACCCAGUUCUGGCCGUUUCUGAGAACCUACAAGAACAGCGUGCAGGGUCAUGGGAGCCAGCUGCUGUGCAGGGACAGAGCUCCUUCUGCCUCACCGCCCACCUCAGUGCACACCCUGAGACCGGCAGAUAUCCAAGUUGUGGCUGCGCUGGGGGAUUCUCUGACCGCCGGCAAUGGAAUUGGCUCCAAACCAGAUGACCUUUCUGACGUCACCACUCAGUAUCGGGGGCUGUCAUAUAGUUCGGGAGGGGAUGGCUCCCUUGAGACCGUGACCACCUUACCAAAUAUCCUUCGGAAGUUUAACAGAAAUCUCAGAGGCUACGCGGUGGGCACGGGUGACGCCAAUGGCACAAAUGCAUUCCUUAAUCAGGCUGUUCCUGGAGCAAAGGCUGGGGAACUUAUGAGCCAAGUCCAGACUCUGGUACAGAGGAUGAAAGAUGACCAUAGAGUGAAUUUCCACAAGGACUGGAAGAUUAUCACGGUGCUGAUUGGAGGCAGCGAUUUAUGUGACUACUGCACGGAUUCGAAUCUGUAUUCUGCAGCCAAGUUUUUUGACCAUCUCCGCAAUGCCUUGGACAUCCUGCAUAGAGAGGUGCCCAGAGCCCUGGUCAACCUGGUGGACUUCAUGAACCCCAGCGUCAUGCGACAGGUGUUCCUGGGCAAUCCAGACAAGUGCCCUGUGCAGCAGGCCAGCAUUUUGUGUAACUGCAUUCUGACCCCUCGGGAGAGCUCCCAAGAGCUGGCCAGGCUAGAGGCCAUCACCCAAGCCUACCAGAGCAGCAUGCGUGAACUGGUGGAGUCAGGCCGCUAUGACACAAGGGAGGACUUCUCCGUGGUACUGCAGCCUUUCUUCCGCAACAUCCGGCUCCCCGUCCUGGCGGAUGGGCACCUGGAUAUAUCCUUCUUCGCCCCAGACUGUAUCCACCCAAGUCAGAAAUUCCACUCCCAGCUCUCCAGAGCCCUUUGGGCCAAUAUGCUUGAGCCACUAGGAAGGAAAACAGAUACGCUGGACCUGAUGGCAAAUAUAUCCCUCUCCUGCCCUCCUCAGAAUGAGCCCUUCCUGAGAACUCCCCGGAACAGCAACUACACCUACCCCACCAAGCCGGCCAUUGAGAACUGGGGCAGUGACUUCCUGUGUACAGAGUGGAAUCCUUCCAACAGCGUCCCCACCUCAGUCCAUGAGCUCCGGCCAGGAGACAUCAAAGUGGUGGCCGCGAUGGGCGACUCAUUGACUACAGCAUUGGGAGCCAGACCAAGCAACUCCAGCGACCUACCCAUGUCCUGGAGAGGAGUCUCCUGGAGCAUUGGAGGGGACGGCAUCUUGGACACCCACACCACACUGCCCAACAUUCUGAAGAAGUUCAACCCUCACAUCCUUGGGUUCUCCACCGGUACCCUGGAGGAGACAGCAGGACUGAAUGUGGCCGUGGAAGGAGCCAGAGCUAGGGACAUGCCGACGCAGGCCCGGGACCUGGUGGAGCGAAUGAAAAACAACCCUGAAAUUGAUCUAGAGAACGACUGGAAGCUGAUCACACUCUUCAUUGGGAGCAACGACAUGUGUCAUUACUGUGAGAAUCAGGAGGCCCACUCAGCUGGGGAGUACAUUCGGCACAUCCAACAGGCCCUGGACAUCUUCUAUGAGGAGCUUCCAAGGGCUUUCAUCAACGUGGUGGAGGUCAUGGAGUUGGCUGGCCUGCACCAGGGCCAAGGUGGGAAAUGUGACCUGCCGCUGGCCGCUCAGAACAACUGCACUUGCCUCACGCGUUCCCAGGAGAAUUCUCUGGAGAUGCAAGAACUGAAGAAAAUGAACUGGAACUUCCAGAGUGCCAUCUCCAGGUUGUCAUACUGGCACCAGUACCUGCAGCGUGAAGAUUUCGCAGUGGUCGUGCAGCCUUUCUUCCAGAACACUCUUGUCCCCCUGAACAGCAGAGGGGGCGCUGACCUCACCUUCUUCUCCGAGGACUGUUUCCACUUCUCAGAACGUGGUCACGCGGAGAUGGCCAUCGCGCUCUGGAACAACAUGCUGGAGCCAGUGGGCCAUAAGACAACCUCCAACAACUUCACCCACAGCCGAACCAAACUCAAAUGCCCCUCUCCUGAGAGCCCUUACCUCCACACCCUGAGGAAUAGUCAGCUACUCCAAGACCAUUCUGAAACAGGCCCCACGGUGUUGUCCUGGGCCUUGCCUGUGGCGGCAGGAGGUGGCCUUGCACUUGGUGUCGGCACGGUGAUGGCAUGGAGAGCCAUAGGAGGUCGCCAGCGGGAAAAUCCUCCAAUGAGCCUCAACACUAUGAGAUUCUAGGCCUCCAGCCACGGGCAUGCACUCAUCCCAAAUUCCCCAGCCACACUCCUCACCAGCCGUCUACCUCAGCCACCUUGGCCACCACAGAGAGCAUUUGCUUCGUCACCUGGUGACAUAGGAAGCCAAAGGGACAGUCACGACUCCUUGGGGCCCAGAGCCUAUGCUCCUGGAAUUGCCAAAUUUAAAUAAAGGCCAAAGUCAUUCUA